UAUAAAGAAGCCAGGGGAGUAUAUAUAAGACAUGUCGGCACCACCUGAAGCAUCAAAAUCAUACUCGGAGAACUCAACCAGCCAUUAAACAGCAACAACAAAGAUGAGCAGAGCAGCCGUGUCCCUGUGCCUCUUUUUCCUCCUGUCUGUAUGCUCAGGGUGCUACAUCUCCAACUGUCCCAUUGGCGGGAAAAGAUCCAUCAUGGACGCCCCACUGCGCAAGUGCAUGUCAUGUGGCCCUGGGGACAGAGGUCGCUGUUUCGGCCCCAACAUCUGCUGCAGUGAGGGCUUUGGCUGCCUUUUGGGCUCUGCAGAAACAGCCCGCUGCCUGGAGGAGAACUACCUGCUCACCCCCUGCCAGGCGGGGGGCAAACCCUGUGGAUCCGAGGGUGGCCGCUGCGCCGCUUCGGGACUUUGCUGUGACGCAGAGAGCUGCACCGCAGACCAGGCGUGUCUCAUGGAGGAGGAGGCAGAAGAUCAAGUGGGCAUAUACGAAGGCACCGACCCUGGGGACAUCAUCCUGAGGCUCCUUCAUCUGGCCACUCGCGCCUCUCCUCAUCGAGGCGCCCAAUGAGUCAACGCUGAGGAAGUGCAGGGACGCAUUAGAGCUUUAGUGCAUAACAGUUAGCAUCUGUCAGUAUAUUUUUAUGUAUGAAAACGGGGACGGUAGUAGUGAGAGUCAUCCAGCUAUCUUGCAUGUUGAAAUAAAGCUUUGAGAG